AUGCCGCCGAAACUGAAGCCUCUGCCCGCGAAGAAGUUGGCGCCGUCUGCAGAGCAGCCAGAGGAUAGUGAUGAGCUCAUUGUGGGAAACAUCCGCGUAGGCCCUUGUGGCGUUGAGUUUACUGGAGAAGGCGAUCUGCAGGUGCGACGACCCGAUCUCAACUUCGAUAACCUGAGGCGUAUUCGCCAACUUGGCAAGGGCACGCAGGGCAACGUCGCCAUGUAUGUCACGGCAGAUAAAAGUGUCUUUGCAGUGAAGAAAAUCACGAUUCCUAGAACGCUCGACAGUCGCACACGUCAGACCGUCGCUGCAGAGCUGCGCAAUAUCUUUACCGCACAGUCAAAUGAGUACACGGUAAACCUGUACAACGCCUUCUACCGUAACAGGGCACUGCGACUGGUAAUGGAGUAUAUGAACUGGGGUAACAUCGAUGAGCUCAUCGCUGAGACAGAGAAGAUUCCAGUGACGGUCUGCGGCUAUAUCGCGUCGCAGAUGCUCCACGCCCUUGCUGUACUGCAUACGAAAUCGAACAUCGUGACAGAACCUAAUCAGCACAAGUCCCUGUGCCAAAUUCAUCGCGACAUCAAGCCAGCCAACGUGCUCCUCUCCACCACCGGCUGCGUCAAGCUGGCUGACUUUGGGAUUGCGACCAGUGCGGAAACGAUCGGCGUCAACUCCUUUGUUGGUACCGCGACGUACAUGAGCCCGGAGCGCAUUCAAGGGCGGCGCUACAGCACGCCGAGCGACAUCUGGAGCGUUGGCGUGGUGGUCGCUAAGAUGUUGCUCGGCCACUACCCGUUUUACUCUGUCAGCAAAGGGUUCAUGGCACUGCUGUGCGAAAUCAACAGUGUGGAAAAGUAUCCACUCAUGGCUGCCACCGGGUGUAGUCAGGAGGUGCAGGACUUCAUCGACUCGUGCCUUCGACAAAACCCAGAGCACCGCAGCAGCGCCUUUGAGUUGCUGGAGUCUCCGUGGAUUAAGCACUGCGAAGAGCACGGCAAGGCUGAGAUGGUGGCUCUGCUCAACUUGCUGGGCGAUCGCAAUCGGCAAUACCACGAAGAGGACUCUUUUCAGGCGGCUUCUAGGGAGGCUUCUUGCUUGACUAUCCCACGUGAUACCUCCGAAGAGUGCAGCACUGACAAUCCCCUGAGCAGGUAG